AUGAAGCAGGCGGCAGUCCAUGCGAAGGCCGAAUACUUCAACUCCAAACCCGGGCCUUCGGCUCGGAAGGAGGAAUCGGCAACCAAAAGUUAUCCAAGCCGAACCGAGGACUCGUCGGCAGGACACAAACGGAAGGACGACCGGGAUUGCCGUCAAGGGAACUCAAAGAAAGGACGUGGGAAGUACGGUCGUAACGACCACCGGGCGCCCCUACCGAAUCACGAUCGUGCUCAGGAAGUCUUCACCCUUCUGAACACGACGUACGAGACCGUUCUAAUGAACGAACAUGACCAGAUCCCGAAGCCGACCAACCGGAAGCCCAAUCGGCAGGAUAAUCGGGACACUGGCAAAUUCUGCCGAUAUCACCAGCAGAACAGCCACAAUACCGAAGAUUGCAUCAGUCUGAGGAAAAUUGUCGAACGCCUGAUUCGGGAAGGGAAAGUUGGAUCAGUACCUUGCCAGGCCGCCACAGGCCCCGGCACCAAACGCGAAUCGGCAGAUCAACAUGAUCAACACGAUCAGCGGUGGCCCCACCCUGGCGGGGCCCUCUAA